AUGUGGUUGGAGCACAGGGCGGAACUCUCCCUUCCUUCGAUUCUGCAGGAGUACUUCGAGGCUGUUUGCGUAAUCAAGUGCGACGACGACUGGUCAAGGGUUGUCCUAGAAAAGUGUGUUGCUGAGAUCAGCAGCUCACUGGAAGGCUUAAAGCUUAAGCUCAUUGCGGCCAAGGAGAUACCUUGCCCUCCUUGCGCUCGCAUUUGGCUACCUGUGAUGGACUUGAGCGGUGCAUAUGUGCUGAAAUACUUGAAGUCACACAACCCUGUGGUGCCGAUGGACGACUGGGCAAUCGUGAAGGCAGAAAAACCACUAAAGAGCAGCAUGUCAUUCGUUCUUCAGAUUAACGAUGAGUGCCUGCCAAUACUGAAACAACAUGACAACAAAAUGCGGUUCGGUCUAAGAAAGGCCAAACUGAAAAUUUUGAAAGCAGGCAGCAAUGAAAAUGAGGAUGACUAA